AUGGACGACCUUGUUAUCAUGGGUCUUGAUACGCUUCAUCCCAUUGUCCGAAUUGGGGGCAUGUUUUUUCGAGGAACAUGGUUCCAUUGCAUUGGUACGGACAUUGUCGUUCCUGUAAGGAAUGAUGUUGAGUUAUCAAAUAAGGAUAUGCUCCUUUGUCAAAGAAGGCUUGUUUUGGAACAAAUUCGCCUCAUCCCAAAAAACCAAUCAGAAAGCACAACACAAACUAUGGACGUGGAAACCGAUAUGGAGAUCGAAAGUGUAAAACAACCGAUUCAACCGAAUGGCGCUAUAGAUGACAAUGUACAACCCGAAAGCAGCAGUGGUAAAAAUGGGGAGCAUGUCGAAGAAAUGAGAAAUGGUGAUGCUGUACGUGACAACUAAACCAGGUACUGUAAAGUACUGUUAUGACUAAAAAUUUUUUUAAAUGUUUUGUUUAAAUAAGAAAGGAAGAAAAAAAUCUAUAGUUCUGAAAAUUGCGACUGUAGAACAUGUAACUCUAGCGAGUAGAUUAACAAAAGGAGUUAUUGUAAUUGGGAUCAUAUGAGAAACUAAAAGAAGGAUACGAAAUUUAUCCUCCAUUACUUUCUGGAGGAGAAGACGAUGUGGCAUGAGAAGCUGGGAAAGGUGCGACGGGUUGCCAAAGAUAGUCUUUCAAGCUGACCUUGUAUUCACCGAUACUUGUUUGCCAGACUUCAACACCUUCUUCUUCAAGACGAUCUUUCUGUCGUUGUUCACCGCUUGGUAGAUCGCGUCUGGAAAUACAUCCACGGCUGUUGAUAACACGGUGCCACGGGACGUGGGAUUCAGGAUGCAAGAACUUGAGAGCUUGUCCUACAUGUCGAGAAUACGUUGGAGCCUCAAUAAACUUGGCAAUUUGGCUAUAUGUAGAAACUCGUCCGUAAGGUAUUUCACUCACUGUAUCAUACACACGAGUAUAAAACUCAUCCAUGCGCAUUUUUCUGGGGCUUUUUUUACGCUGAAUGAGCAGAGGAUCUGCUGUUAAAUAACGAUUAAAUCCUUCUGAAACUUUUUAAAGCAGCAGGCCAAGUCUGUAUGAAUCGAUAUUAUUAUGUGAAGGCCUCUCUCUGUUAAUUUUUUUGAGAACACUGCAAUGCUGUCAAUAUCUGAAAAUAGAAAACCUUAACCUUUAGGAUAUACUAAGAUAUAAAAUACAAAUCUUGAAAAAUGGAGUAUUGAAUAUUCCUGAAGCAGUGACAAAUAUAUUCAACACACAAGCAAACUG